UGGCAUUCAAAUACUGAAUUCAAAUACUGGGUUUCAGUUCAAAUAUUUGCUUUAAUCUGCCCUUAUUUGAUUUCCCAAGGAGAGGUUGUCCGGUUUCUCAUUCGGGUCUUCCCACUCCAGGGCAUUUGGGUAUAAGAACGCCUCUCUGGGGCUGGCUGUGACACACCAAGUCUCGCUUGCUGAGAUUCGACUGACUGCAACCAUGAGAGCUUCUCUACUCGUCCUAGCGCUGUUCGUGGGCUCCAGCCUGGCGCUGGACUGCCAAGAGAUUGACGGGCGCCUCAAGCAGAUCGACGCCAGCGACGGGCAGGUGUUUGGCGUGAACAGCGAAGACUCGAUCUACACUCGCUAUGGAAACGGCUGGGUGCGGGUCCCAGGGGCCCUCAAACACGUGACCGUGGGGCCCGCUGGAGUCUGGGGCGUCAACAAGGACAAUCUCAUCUACAAGAUGAUUGGAGGACGCUGGGAACAAGCUCAAGGUCUACUGAAGCAGAUCGACGCGGGAGGCGACCAAUUCAUCGCCGGAGUCAACAUGUUAGACAACAUCUUCUGCCUGAAUCGCAAUCCCACGGUGACCACGCGUGGCGGCGCGGCCGCCAUUCCCUGGAACUUGCUUCCCGGGUCCCUCAAGUACUACUCCUGUGGGCCCUACAGCUGCUGGGGGGUGAACUGGCUCGACCAGAUAUUCGUGAUGAAGGGGGUGACCCCGGACGCCUGCAUGGGCAGCCUGGCGUGGCAGCUGGUCCCCGGGGCGCUGUCCAUGAUCGAGGUGUCCACCGACGGCAGCGUGUACGGGGUCAACUCUGCCGGGAACGUGUACCGCAGGGACGGGGUCAGCGUUGCUAAUCCUGCCGGCACUGACUGGACCUAUCUGAGCAUGUGCGGGAAAAGCAAGCAUGUGUCAUAUGACCUGGGUGUGCUCUGGGUGAUCAGCACAGAGGACAAGAUCCUGACCUGCAGCUAAAACUCCCCCGACAGCCAAACCAACAGAAACCAUCCUUCUGGAGCUCAGAAAUAGUCCCACUGACUGUAGAGUCUACAUUAUAUACUGCGCUUGCAUUGUAAACCUGUACUGCCCUGUAACACCUGUAAGUCACCUUGGAUAAAGGUAUCUGCCAAAUAAAUAAAUAAAUAAAGUUUCUUAUUGUGCAAGAGCUUAAAACAAACAAAAAAAAAUCUUACCGCUUGCAACCACAAGUACAUCUUCACAAAUCUCUUAUUGCUUUGCUUAGAACUGUGUUGUUUGACAGACUUCUGCUUUUUUAUGUCUGGUAUGGACUGUACUGUUCUCUCUAUGGAACAGCAGCCUGUUGAGUUUCUUUUAAGCUUCUUCCUGUUCAAGCACUGCCACCUUACAGAAAUAAAGCAUUAAAAAAUAAA